AUGGUGGGCGCCAGCGGCAUUGCCGGAUGUGAAGUCCUGCUUCACCUCACGAGUGACAUCGUAUGGGUCUACCCUCCCCAGACGCCCAAUACCCCCAGCCAGGACAAGACGCUGGAUGGUGUAGUGGAAAUCGAGUGCCCGAGCGAUCGUAUGAUCCAAGGUGUGCAGAUCCAGCUGCGUGGCUCGCAGAUGGUGGGUAUGCCAUCCGGUGGAACGACGCCAAAGGAGCGGAACCAGCUGCGAUGGGAGGAACACGUCGUGCUCGACCGCACGUUGCGUUUCCAGGAGAACGACAACGAGGGGCACACAGUGCGCGAGCAAGGCUCGCGGGGUCGCUCGCUCAAGGAGCGCAUCCGCGAUAAGGCGACCGGCUUGGAUGACCCGAACGCAGUCGGGGCCGUCGGCCUGUUUCUCGAGCGCGGCGUGCACGACUUUGAAUUCCACUUUAUCAUCCCGGCAUGGACCGCGCCGUACGAGCGCUGCAAGUACGGCCGUACGCGCUACACCAUCACCGCUACGGCACUGGGCGCAGGGCGCGGUGGCGCGGGCGUCACGGCGCAGCGCGAAGCGUUUGUCAUCCAGCAGCAGACGGCCGACGGCGGACCGUAUCCCCUCGAGAUGCAGUACCACGACGUGCACGAGGCGCUCGGCCUGAUCUCGAUCGGCCUCACCUCUGCCUCGCUCACUGUCGGCGGCAUCGCGACGCUCGCGCUCGUACACCCUAAUCCCCCGCCCAACGUCAACGUGCACCUGGUCCGUGUGUUUGUCGAGCAAAAAUACGAGCUGUACAACCACCAGACCGCCUCGUGGGUCUCGGCACCACUCGAUAAGCUGCGUGUGUGGGAUAUCGGCACGCUCCCGCGCACCGGCUCCGCGGGCAUCCCCAACAGCCCGGCGCUCUGGGCACAGGGCGUGCUGUGUGCCGCGGGCAUUCAGCCCAGCUUGCGCCUCGGCGCGGCGGCCGUCAAGUCCUAUCCGAUGGUCCAGCCGCUCGAGCCGUCGCUCGAGGUCGACGAGCGGCCGCUUGCGCAGGUGCCGGAUGCAGGCAAGUACGGCUACCGCAUCAAGACGGUCGUACGCCUGCCGGACGACAACCGCCUGCGGCCUACGACGGCGCGCGGCACACGCACCGACAUCCGCAUCACGCACGAGCUCGGUGUCGAAGUGCUCUUUUCGCGCACCGACGUGCUCGACGACCGUGUCGACAGCGAAAUGUACGGCCAGCCCAAGGUCCAGGUCUUUUCGAUGGCGAAGCCGGUGUCGAUUCCGUCGUGUGCGUUUACCUUUGACUCGAUCCACCUGCCGCCCUACUCGGAAGAGUCGCCCGUGUCCUGCCCCGCGUCCCCGUCGCACACUCGGCAGCGCUCCGAGACGUCCACCGGAGCGAGCGGGAUUACGACGCAGACGCGCACGCCGCCCAAUGGCGGCGCGCUUGCGAGCGAGCCCGAGUGGAACAGGCUCAUUCACUCGCUCACCAACUCGCUGUCCGCGCACACGAUCCGCUCGCACGUCUCGUCGCGCACGUCGUCGCGUGCCGCAAGCCGCGAUCCGUCGCCGACGCGCCUCGGCUUCCGCUCGCGGCCCAACUCGCGACCUCCGUCGCCGCCCGCGGAUGGGCCGAGCGGCGCGACGACGCCCGUAUAUGCCGUGCUGCGCCCCAACGACCUGCAGCGGCCACGCUCGGGCCCUGCGCUUGUCCCGGCCAACGACCGCUCGGCGCCAAGGAACCUCCCGGCGGGCUCGCCGUGGGCCGUCUCGCACUUGCCGCCGCGCAUCGGCGAGAGCCACGACAUGUGCAACUGCGGCCAGCCGACCGAUCGCCUGAUCGAGGCGGAAGAGCGCUUUGUCGAAGGCGCGCCGACCGCGCCGGGCGCCUGGAUCGACACGGCGAGCGGCAGCGCGGUGCCGCCGCCGUGGACGCCGACAUCACGCCCGACGAGUCCCACGCGCGAGUGGCUCUCGUCAUACACGUCGAACGUGGUGCCGGCCACGGUCGCGGCCAAGGACGAGUCCCCGCCCGUGGAGCGUGUGCACAGUGCCAACGGAAGCAUGGCGCACGCCUAUCUCCCCCGCACACCGCUCGGCGGCCAUAAUGGCUCGAGCUACUUUGGCAGUGCGUACACCAGUCCCAAUUUCUAG